AUGGGGGCCAGGAUGAAAAUACAUCAGAAGCGAGGCCUCAUACAGAUGGCAGCCGACUGCCCCACGAUGUCACAAGCAGCGCUCGCAGCGUGGACAAAAGCACACUACAAACUCAAGCGCGCACCAGCCCAGUCGACCGUGUCCGACAUACUCAAGAAGGCUGCGUUGAUCAUGAGCAAGGACUACGGCGAUGGUAACCGCCGC